GUAACUCUACACAGGAUAAACCUGCCACACCUCAUUAGUAGUAGCCAGUAGAUUCAAAGUUGAGAGAAACAAACAAACAAAACAAAGCCAAGCAUCUCCCAACACACCAUCAUCAUCAUCAUCAUCAUCAAAUCCAAGCACAACAAUGGCACUCAAAAGGGCAUCGUGGUUGAUGCUGCUGCCACUGUUAUCUGCAGUUGCUGCUGCUGCCACCAACACCAACAGUGUGUACCAUCCUUGUUCUGAUGCCAGGAUUCAGAGAUCUGAUGGCUUCACUUUUGGCAUUGCCUUCAGUUCCAGGGACUCUUUCUUCUACAACCAGAACCAGUCCCUCCAGCUCUCUCCCUGUGACCGACGCCUCUCUCUCUCUUCCUCCAACGCUCAGCUUGCUCUCUUCCGUCCCAGAGUUGAUGAGAUCUCUCUCCUCACCAUCAACACCUCUAGUUUCUUCCCAGAUAACUACGGUGGAUAUAUGGUGGCAUUUGCGGGAAAGAAAUAUGCUGCACGUUCUCCACUUGCGUUUGUCGCAAACAGCACAUACACCGUGACAAGUUUUACACUGGUGCUAGAGUUUCAGAGGGGUAGGCUGCAUAACUUGUACUGGAAGAGAGACGGCUGUUCUUCAUGCAAGGGGAAAUCGAACUUGGUAUGCCUCAACAAACAAGAUUGUGCAAUCAGAACAUCAUCUUGCAAAGGCAGAGGAGGUGCAGUAGAUUGUAGUCUUGGAAUUCAGCUUGCAUUUUCUGGUACAGACAGGCAUCUCAGAGUGCUUAAUUCAUGGUUUGAAGUGGAAAACCUGCGGCAGUACUCUCUCUAUGGCUUGUACUCAAAUCUAAGGGACUCUCUCACCAGCCAGUAUAACAAAUUCUUUUAACAGCAAAAAGAUCUUCCUCUUGUGGAUUAUUUUGUUUGUUUAGGAUGGUAUGGUAACUUUUGUGACUAUUGCUCUUUGCCUUCUCAAUUAAUUGUUGCUGGAAAUUUUAUUGCUUGCCAAUUUUUGGUUUAUAACUUUACGUGAAGAGUGUGUACAUUUUAGUAGGCUGCAAGUGCCUUUACUUGUUUCUUUUAUUGGCUUCAUAAUACAGUUUACCUCCAAAUCUGAAAUUGUGUAUUUUGAAUGUGUACAUUUUAUUUUUUGUA